UUGUGUAAAUUGCUGAUUGUUAAACCAUGUGAGGUGAUUUACGUUAGUGGAAAAAAGGUUACCUUUCCGAGUGGUCUUUGAACCCACCAUAAAUCGACUGACUGCCGACUGAUUGUGACUGCAUAGUACCUUUCUACUACACCAAUGCCAAUGAUUCAUUUUCUGGAUGAGACAGGUGUGAUCAUGAUAACGAUGCUGGUGAUGGUGACGAUGAUGAUGUGAAAAAGGCGUACCAUGCAUCCGAUACCAGCCAAUUUUUUUCCGACUGUCUGACCUAAUCACUUGCAGCAUAAAAACAUAUUCACCACGUAUCAAUCCGUGAGCAGGUGGGCAAGUUGUUGAAGUGAUGCUUUCAACAUCGUUGAGCAAAGGAUAACUGUGGGCAAAACAGGAUUAUCGCACCUUUGCCAAUUCCAGCCAGCGGAGUUCCAUUCCUGUGCAGGCGAUAGUGCGCAGCUUAGUCAUAUAGCUAAAACGUAGCAAACGAGACGGCUUCUGGUAGUGUGCGAGAGUGUUUAUCCGUAGUGCGACGUCGGGGUAAGCGAGCGAAUGUAACAGCCUGGAAAUAAUGGAAAGCGAUGUGAUUUGUUUGGAUUCGGACGAGGAAGGCGAGCAUGAUCCUAAACCUCGCAAGCCAGGUGGAAUGAGUGCCAACGCCUGCGAUACCAUCGCCGAACAGCUCUUAAGGCCGCUUCAAGCGCUUUCGUUAAAGCUGUACUUUGGCCAGGAUGGUACUGGCGGAAACGGUACGUACCAGGUACCCGCCGACGAACAGCGGCGUCGCUUCACGGCUGUGGUCAAACGAGUUGCCGAACUGGUGCAGCGAUUCGGGCGACGUAAGUUUAGCAACAAUGCACAGGACGUCGCACAGCAACGGGAUGCUUGGAAGCAGGUACUGAAAUUUUUAUUCCUGCUCCGGGCGAUUGGACCGGAAUCGAUGACGAACGAUGACGGUGGCAGGAAUUCAACAACAACGAAGACGGCGGUGGCGGCUAGUGGAGGAUACCCUAGGGAGCUUCCGCCCGAGACCCGGAGAUAUCGGCUGACAGUGAUGGAUGUUCUGGUUGAUUACAUCCGCCACAAAUGCUCGGCCCUGGCCGGGGAGCGCAAUCCGGCGGUACUGCUGGCAGAGUGCAAUCAGAUCGUGAGCAGUUUGUACAUCAUUUUCGACGGUGACAGUGAGUUUGUCACGCUCACGCUGCUGAAGAUGGAUCUGCUGGCCGGCAGUGGGGCCGUAGCCCUGAUGUAUCCGGUAUUCGAGCAGAUCUUGGCCAACCAGGCGAGACGCUCGGUCGCACCGUUCGGCAUCAUGUACUACGUGCGGUUGUUGCUCUGCUACAAGAAAUGGAAGGCAAUGGUUCCGGCUCGCCGAGAUAAGGAUGCUAUCAAUGCACUGGCGCUCAAGAUACUGCCACCCCGAUGUCCACCGGCCGAGUCAAAGCAGGACCUACCGUUUGUGCAAAUGCUGCCCCGGUUGAGCGCCUCUGCCAAGGAGCAGGAAGAUGAAACCAGAUUCCUCCUAGCGAAGGAUUUGAUGGAAAUCGAGCAACUUUGUGCAAUUUAUUUCCGUGAAUAUGAAAAGCGAUUCUUCCAACGAAACGAACCGAAACUGUCACCCCUUGAAGUCAAAAGCAAUUUUAUCAACAUCGAUGCAUUGGCCGAGUUUAUUCAGCGAAAAUGUAAUUUGCUGCUGCGGGGUAUCCAUCGACGUCCCAACGAACCAGCGAAGCCCAACGCCGGACGCAGUGGCCAUCAACGACAACAGCUGCAGCAUGAAUCCAACGCCAUCAUCAGCAGUCUCCGAUUGAUAUUCCGCCGCGAUGAGGAAUUUAUAGCAUUGACCUUGCUCAGAGUGGAAACGUGCCCGGAGUGUCAAGCGAUCCUGGGACCGGUCUACGAACGAUUUUUGUCCGGUUCUCAACUGUCGCCGUCCUCCGUCUUCGGUACCAACAAUGUAGAAACUUACGGCCGGCUACUGUUGUGCUACGUCAAGUGGAAACGGCUGUACCGGAUUGAGGAUGCCAGUGGCCAGUGGGAGCGCAUCGAUACAAUUGCUCUCGCAACGCUUCCGUACGAUUUUCCGCGGGCCAUCAAGCGAAGGGAGCUGGCAAUCAAGGCACUCUUUCCUCGGGUCGCUACCGCCGUGGGACGCCGCAACGGAAAGUCGGCGAAAGUCAGCGUCACCGGGGCAUUACUGAACUCGAAGCACGUGUGGGAUAAUAUUCAGGAAAUGUGCUUGCAAUUCCUGGCCAUUUGCUGUGAUGGGCGAUCCAAUCGGGAGAAAGCACAGCCGAUCCACAUCGAAGACGCUGGCAAUGAUAAAGAUGAUGAAGUAGAAAUCGUCAAAUCCGAACCAAGCCCGGUAAUCGUUCUGGACAGUGACGAUGAAGAAGAACCGCAUCCAAUCAUCGAUUGCACUGAUACGGAAAUGAAAUGCUUAACUAUGCCAUCCAGUGAAAAUAACGGACCAACGCUAGACACAAUCACCAGAAGUUCGCACGAACCGGCCAAAAUUUGCAAUUCCGAUCAUUUACUAAUGGAAACAAUUUUCAAUACUCCUCCACCGACGCCGAAAGCAGAGGAAGACCAACAGCCACUGCCAUUGCCAACGUCAGCACUGCCAAGUGAAUCCGAUGUUUCUGCUGCAACAGCCAUAGUGCAGAGACGGAAAAGUAUGCUCCCAAAGGGCGUCACUUUGAAAAUAUCCAAGAACGUAAGACUUCGCAGUAAUCGCGAGAAGCGACAGUUUAUGUCAGCCUUCCGAAAGUUGAACUCCGAUGAGUGUUUCCAUAUCAAUUUACGAACCAGUGAGACGGACUAUUGUCUGCGGAAAACGGUAGCUGUUUCUAGCAUAUUUGUGGAAGUCAUCAGUUUUGCUGAAUUCAACCCUGGUUCGAUGAUUGCUUUGCCGAUUAGCGGAAAUGGGCUGGAGUUAAGUGAGACGUCAUUUACAAAUUUACCAUCCAUUAGGCUGGAGGAUCCGAUUCUGCAGGAGAUUUCUGGACUACAAUCUACCGAAGAACAGCAGGCACUGGACGAUCAGCUGAUGAGGUUGAUAACCACGAUUGAUGAUUUCCCUCAGUUGUCCCCGGAGUCGGUAGAUUUCACCGUAUUUUCCGAUGAGCCGGAUCGAACGUCGAUGGAUGCUCUUACCAACGACCAAACGCCUCCAUCGACGGUGGUUAACGGUUACUGUCUGUGGCCCCACGAUGAUUUCUCCAUAUUUGCAAAUCUCGACUUUAACCCAUGGUUGGGACAGCAGAACACCGCGUUUCCUGCAUUCGCAUCAUCGUGUACUUCGCUUGUCUAAACCACUGACGUCCACAAGCCGGGGUGAGAGUAAAAUCUAGACGUUGUAAUUUAUUGUACAGAGAUUUUCUCAAGUCCUCAGUCCAAGCGAUUCAUUGAAGUAACUCCUGCAUUGUCUCUUUGAAGCGGAUCUCCUAUCACCAAAAAAAGCGGACGACUGCAAAACAGAGCGUCAUAAUUAGCAAUCGUAUACUUCCGUUUGCACAGCAAUGAAGCAAAAAGCUUAUCGGUUUCAACUAUUUUGUCGCAUUGGUUUCACAUCGUUAUCGAAUCGAAACGAAAAAAAAAACGAAGAAGCAGCACUGUAUCAGUACAAUCAGAUUAUCGGAUAAAAAAAGUGAAUAAAAGUAGCAUGAAGCAGACGAUAAUUGCAGAACCACAGAAACGCUCUAGCGCUCUAGCGCUAGUCACAAUCCCAGAAGUUACCUUAACUCUCAAUAGGAUAGUUCGUUGAAAAUAAAAAAAAAAGAUAAGUAGCACAGAAGAUGAAACAAACAAAAACUGCAA